AUGGGUCCAUCUGGAGCCGGAAAAACAACGCUCUUGAAUGCACUUACUGGUUUUUCAAUUGAAGGAGUGAAGGGUAUAAUCCGAGCUGGGGACAGUAAGUGCGAAUUAGGAAACAGUCAGAGUUCCCAAGACUGUUUAAAGGAGUAUCGUAAGAAAUCGUGCUACAUUUUACAAGAUGACAGAUUGAAUCCACUGUUCACGGUCGGUGAACUAAUGCAAUUCGCCGCUGAUCUGAAACUCGGCAAUUGUAUCACUCCGAAGUUAAAGGAUUCUGUUAUUAACGAAGUACUGGACACUUUAGGGUUAUCGGGUACAAAGAAUACACGAUGUUGCAACCUUUCCGGCGGUCAACGAAAACGUUUGUCCAUUGCAGUUGAACUCAUCGAUAACCCACCGAUAAUAUUUCUAGAUGAACCAACGACAGGGCUAGAUAGUUUGACAUCUCUUCACUGCAUGAAAAUGCUGAAGGAACUGGCUGUUGCUGGCAGAACAGUCGUCUUUACUAUACAUCAGCCUCCAGCAUCUUUAUACAAAAUGUUUGAUCAGGUAUACAUCCUAGCUGAGGGAAGGUGCAUCUACAAUGGUCCGAGCGAGGACACUGUGCCCUACCUCGCAUCAUUGGGCCUACAGUGUCCUAAAUACCACAAUCCUGCCGAUUACAUAUUGGAGAUAGCGAAUGGUGAAUACGGUGAACUAAAUGAAUAUUUGGCGGCGAAAAUCAGCAGCAGUCACUAUUUUACCGAGAAGUCACCCAUUGAACCACAAGCAGCUCCAAAAUUCGCUUGCGGAAAACUAACAAUUGUUGUCAACAAUCCACCGGAGCUGUAUAAGUUUAAUGUGCUUUUCAGACGAUGUAUUAUUCAACUAUAUCGAGAUUGGACAGUAACGCAUCUAAAGAUACUAAUGCAUAUAGUUCUUGGAGUCUUGAUGGGUCUGUUCUAUCAGUACACGGGCAACGAUGCAUCAAAAACUUUCAACAAUCUCGGUUUCCUAAUAGUCUCCGCCGCCUACCUCUGCUACACUUCUAUGAUGCCCGGAGUAUUAAAAUUUCCCGACGAAUUGCCGGUCUUGAAAAAAGAAAACUUCAACAACUGGUAUAAUCUCAAGACCUACUACGCGGCUACACUGAUUACUAGUAUACCAUUACAGAUCUCAUUUAGCAUUGUAUACUCAGCGCCAUCAUACGUGUUGACCGGCCAACCGGUGGAAAUUGAACGAUUUGCAAUGUUCGUGUUGGUUUUGGCCAACGUCACGCUGUUGGCUGACGCUAUUGGAAAUCUCAUAGGCACUUGUGUGCAAGCAAUCAAUGGUACGUUCUUUGGUGCCAUCACGACGUGUACCAUGAUUGUUUUCGCGGGAUUUCUCGUACUGACGUCGCACAUGUCGCCUCUCAUGCAAUACGUUUCAACGAUUUCUUUCCUCAAGUAUGUUUUGGAGGCUCUGGCUCUAUCAAUUUAUGCAUUCAACAGAGCACCACUUGUAUGCCCGAAAGAUAAAAUUUAUUGCCAUUUGAGGUAUAAGUUUACACUAAUACUGCUAAUAUUAUUUACAAGUGCAUCGUCUGAUGUCACUUAUUAUGAAAUAUUAGGAAUAUCGAAAGAUGCAACUACUCAAGAAAUAAAACAGGCUUACAAAAAGCUAGCAGUUAAACUUCAUCCAGACAAAAACUCUAAUAAAGAUCAACAGAAAAGGUUCUUAAAAAUCACUGAGGCAUAUGAAACUCUAAAGGAUCCACAAAAAAGGCAUAACUAUGACAUAUAUGGAUCAGAACAAUCAUACACAAGGAAAUAUGAUUACCAAUCACAAACUGAAUACAACAAUUUAUAUUACAAUGGCCUAUAUCAUGAAGAUCCAUUUGUCAAGACUUUGAGUUCUCGUAGCUUUUAUUCAUAUUUAAAUGAAGGAUUAUAUUUUAUAAAUUUCUAUUCACCUUUCUGUCCUCCGUGCCAAAAUUUGGCCAAACAUUGGAAAAUGUUGGCAGAAACUUAUAAAGGAAUUAUAAAUGUCGGAGCUGUAAAUUGUAAAUAUUAUAAUUCAUUUUGUUACAAUAAUAUGAGGAUUGGUAGUUACCCAACACUUCUGUUUUACCCUGAUGGUAAAAACGGCAACUAUCUUCGCUACAAUGGCGCACAUACAUUUGAUGCGUUGGAAGAAUUUGUAUUAAAGUUUGUUCGUAGUACAGUUCGUGUACCAGUAAUAGCUAACAUUGUGAAGACUGAUGAACCCAUAUUGUAUGUUUUGGAUGAAGACAUUGGUGAAAACAAAAUAUUAAAAAUCGCAUACCAUCUCAAUGGUAUAGCAAAUGUGUUCAUGGCUGGUCAUAUUCGAACGCAUCUAAGUAACAAUCCUGAAACAGUGCUAGUGUUUAAACAUAACGAAAAUGUCAAAGAAAUACAGAGUACAGAUGAAAAUGAAAUUAUUAAAGAAGUAAUGGAAAUGCUUCAUCCAGUGGAGAAAAUAGACUUUGAAAUGUUUCAGAAAAUUAGAAAUCAACUACGAAAUGGAUAUGAAACUCCCUGGGUAUUGUAUUUUACAACAGACGAAAGCAACAUGUUGGCCUUUCAUCAAAUGAGAAGUGCAAUACCAGCAAUGAACUUUGGUGUGAUCAACUGCUCGCGGCAGGAGCAGCUGUGCCUGUCCCUGCAGACGGAACGCGGUGAAACGGCCGUGUGGGCGCUGCUUAAGAGCAGCGGCGCCUUCCAGCGCCUGCGUGACGUCACGCGGCCCUCCCUGCGGCGGGCCGCCCACGCCAGGGCCCUGCACUCUCUGUCGCCCUCCGACCUCGUCAGGGUUCUUUCGGGAGAUAUGGGUAUAUGGGUGCUAUUGAUUGCACCGUAUCAAGUUUCAUGGGAACAUUUAGAUUUACCGUUCACACAGGCCAGUAUAGAAAUGUUGGACUCGGGAAUCAGUUUUGGUAUAAUGUCCUGUACAGCGAGUACAAAUAAAUAUUGUCGUGAUUUGAUUCACAAUGAACCGGCCAUAAUUGUACAGAAUGGCACAAUCAACUUCAGAUACACUGGAGACGGCAGUAAAGAUGAAAUUAUUGAUUUCAUCCAAUUGCUUAAAGAAACUUCUGACAUAGAGUUAUCAGAUGAGAAAGCAAUAGAGAUAGAGUCUCGAGAGGCGGAAGAGGCGUGGCUCGUAGCCUUCCUGCCGCCCGCCUGCGCACGCGCAUGUGACGUGUUCCGCGCACACUGGCGAGCUGUGGCCCAGCGGAUGUACUUCUACCACUUUUAUAAGUCUUGUAAUUUAUUUUAUUUGCAGUUAAAACCAUUGGAUUUCGUCAAAGUGGGAUUGUAUGACUGUGACACACUAUUGUUUCCCUUCUGUAAAGUUAUUCGCACCCCUAUAGCAAAAUACUUCCCGCUUGAGGCAAAACGUCAAGUUAACACGAUAAGUUUACAAUAUCUCAAUGAAGUGCCUUAUAUACUGGAAUCAGUACUCGAUCAAAUAUACGACAGAAUUGUCAAGUUGAAUUGGCAAGCUUUCUCUAAGAACGUCAUAGCUGAAGAUUUGUAUCCUAACAGAGACAAAAAACCGUGGCUAGUCUAUUUCCAUUCUCCACGUUGUUACCACUGCUAUGAAAUGUUUCCCGACUUUGUCAUCACUGCAUAUCACCUAGGAAAUGAUUUACAAUACGGAAAAGUAAAUUGUAUCACCGAAAGAACUAUCUGCCAACAAGAACAUAUCUCUCACUACCCUACAAUCAAGCUUUACUUGAACCGGCAACAAGGCCGCACGAGUACUGUGAUUAUAUUGAAACCAAAACAUUACAAGAAACUCAUAGAAGAUAUAAAACCACAUUUGUUAAGAUAUAAUAGUGAUUUUGGUAUAAAAAAUAUUGAUAUAAAAAGUCACAUAAAUUUCAAGGAUGAACUAUAACGUUGUAGAAAUUAGGUAAAUAUAAUUAAUUGCAUAAUUUAAAUCUAUUUCGAUGCUUUUCGCUUAUGUAUGAAAAGUAAAUACAUUUUCAUAAAAAAGGAAACGAAAAGCAGUGAAAACCAUCCUUGAAAGUUUUUAAGUAUUAGUUUGUUUAUAAUUUAAAAAAACGUUCCAUAAAUGUACUCAUAUUAAUUACAUCAAAUACCUCCUAUUUUGAAGGCGGUUAUAAAUUGAAUUUAGAACGCAAAUGUAUUACUGCCAUUUUUUUAUCAAAUUCGUACUAACUUCUCACACAA